UUCAAUUUUGUACCGUAUGCGUCACCGACCCGACCGAAAAAGUUGAUUUCUCUCGUUUUCAUCUUCGCCCGGAAUUAUUGGUUCAGAAAGCCAAAGCCAAAGGCAUCUGCAAAGAAGCUCGGCUUUUUGCGAUCCUACAGUUGUACUCUUUUUCUCCAUUAAAAUUCGUCGACAUUUAGCCCAUAACUGUAUCUCUUCCUCAAAUAGUGAUUCCGAAUUCGUGAUCCAGGGCAGUUGUUAUAUGAGCCACAACUACCAAACUUGAGCAAUAAUUUCUCCCAGGAUUUGGACCAACCAUUACCUUUAUAUACAAAUUCUGUGAGCAUCAUGCUCGCAUUAGAUUUAAACUUUCACUUUCUUUGAAGUAACUUCUGUGUUAAAUAUCCUGCAAUUUUCUGCAUGGGAGAUUCAGUAUCUAAUCCUUCCUCAAGGAGAAAUUCUGGCACAAAUGGUGCCAUGAUUAGUAGCGAUCCAUCAAAAAGGCAUGCCAUUGCUUCUGGUUCAAAAUCUUUUGCACAUCAAUCUUUAAAGCGAAUAUCUUUGCUGGACGGUGGAAAAGUGGGAAGAGGAGCUGGUGGUCAGAUAGCAUUGUUCUUAUUGAAAGUUGCUGCCUUGGAGAGUGUCAGGAGGAUCUCAAAGUCAAAAUGUCCACAUGUGUGGUCUGGUCUCCAAGCUUUGCAAGUUGUCUGUUAUCCCCCAUUUAAAUGGAUCGAGAGGUGGAAUCCUUUUGGAAUGUUGGUUAAAGGCAUGCAGAUGUUAUCCCGGCCACUGCUGGUGCUAUCUAUUGCCACAGCAUUGUCUGAUAAUCCAGAGUGCAGCGAUUCCACUACAGAAAGUAAUGAAGUUAAUCAGGGGCAUAUUGAUCCUCAUGAUGUUUCAGAAUUUGUGCCUGAGUUAUCCUCUACACAGUCUACCACCACUUUGAGGGUUGAGGAUGAUCCUCAGCAAAGUGUGCUUCCUGCCAAUUGGCUACCUCGGCUUUAUAAAGAGCUGGAAAAUCAGGGAAUUACUUUGACAGAUAGAGUUAAUGAAGAAGAACUCCAUAGAUUUUAUACUGCUGCAGAUGGGGAUUUUUUAAGAUUGCUUUCAUCAGUAAAGAAAACAAUCCAUUGGAGAGAGACUUAUAGAAUUCUUUCUGGACAAGAGCUUGAGAAGUGGACAAGUAUGGUAUUUUGGCAUGGGUUUGACACGAAGCAGCAUCCUCUCCUUAUAGUCCGCCUUGGUUUAGCUUGCAGUAGCUUGCCAUUUUCUGACCGACCUCGCUUUGGUCAAGCUGUUGUAUCUCAGGUAUAUCAUGGGACCAUGCAUCUAGCUGACAGGGAAAAUCCUCAAAUAACUGUCCUGGUGGACUGUGAAGGUUUGUCUCCUUUGAGACUUCCUAUGCAGAUGAUAAGAACCUGUUGUACUCUUCUGCAAAAUCACUUUCCAAACGCCCUGGGCUGUUUAUUUGUUAUACGCCUUCCAUCUAUUGCUCGAGUUGUUGCACAAACUUUUGUCCAGGUUUUUAAACCUGUCACUCGGCAAAAAUUGAGAUUCUUAGGAGAUACAUACAAGAACGUUCUUUCUGAGUGCGUGGAGACACUCCCAUCGUAUCUUGGCGGGUCCUGCACAUGCUCGAGAUGCUACAUUCACAAGAUGCGUGACGACUUAUAUAUUCUCGAGGACAUGCCCGAGACUGGAGCAGAUUCAAAGCAUGACGACGAUCUCCCAUCAGCUCUUUCAGGUGAACAAACAUAUGCACCAUACGGUGCUAGAAGCCUUGACGUAAUGUUACGAAUGGCUAUACUGGGCGUCCUUAUACUCUGGGUGUUAUUUGCUUUUAUUGCUGGAAUUUACGAUCCAGAAAGCCGUCCAGUUUUACUUCCUUGAGGUAAGCUCAUAGCCAUCAUUGCUUCAUUGUAUUUCAGUUUCUCUUAAAGAUUUCCAGGUGUGUAUAAGAGAGAAAUGGUGGUUUUUAGAAGUAGAGUGGGGUGAUUUGAUUCACAUUGUUUUGUAUCAGCAGACAGUGAAGUGUCUCCUACUUCCACAAACAAAUUGUUAUCAUUUUGUCCAAAAUUAGAACCUAAACGACCUGUUUGGUUUGUGGAAUAGAAUUGAGAAGAAAUUGGAUUGUUUGGUUGAUGACAAA